GUUACGUAGCAAGGGUUUCGUGACUUUGUGUAGGUGGAUCUGUUUCUACUUUGGAAGAAACAGAAGUUUUGUAUAAAAAUGUCAUCCUUACUAAAAAACUGUUGGAGACUCUCACGAAAUUUUCCAAUUACAACACAAAAAUGUUAUCCGAAGCUUUUUCCUUCGAUGCGAAUGAAUACUACGACAACAGAAACUACUGAUGCACAACCACCAACACUACGUAAAAUAAAUAAAGAUGUGGCACCAAUAAAGGAUUUAGGUGCACUUAUUGCAGCAUAUUUACCAAAAUUUGUGCAAAAGGUUCAAAUAACUGCUGGUGAUGAGCUUGAAAUAAUGAUUUGCCCAGAUGGGUUGAUUCCAACAUUGUUAUUCUUAAGAAAUAAUUACACAACUCAAUAUAGUUCUUUAUCAGAUUUGACAGCACUUGAUGUUCCUUCUCGUAAAUAUCGGUUUGAGCUUGUCUAUAACCUUCUUUCAUUUACUUACAACACACGUAUUAGAGUAAAAACAUAUACAGAUGAGUUGACACCUAUACCAUCAGUAGAAUCAAUCUAUGAUGCUGCUAAUUGGUAUGAACGAGAAGUAUGGGAUAUGUUUGGUAUAGUGUUCCAAGGUCAUUCAGAUCUACGUAGAAUUCUUACAGAUUAUGGUUUUGAAGGACAUCCAUUGAGGAAAGAUUUUCCUCUCAGUGGUUUUGUUGAGGUACGUUAUGAUGAUGAAUUACAGAGAGUUGUAUGUGAACCACUAGAAUUAACACAGGAAUUUCGUAAAUUUGAAUUAUCUGCUCCAUGGGAACAAUUUCCUAAUUUCCGACAAAUUGCACCUUCUGAUGAAAGUAAUAAAACAGGUUCUUCUAAGGAUAAGAAGUAAAUUGUAUUGUUGUAACAUAUUAUAAAUAUACAUUGAA